AUGUGUCACCAGACUUUCACAGGACACGAAUCUGAUAUUAAUGCCAUCACAUAUUUUCCCAACGGCUAUGCCUUUGCCACCGGCUCGGAUGAUGCCACAUGCAGGUUAUUUGACAUUCGUGCUGAUCAGGAGAUCGGCAUGUAUUCACACGACAACAUCAUCUGCGGGAUCACGUCAGUUGCCUUUUCCAAGAGUGGCCGACUUCUACUGGGCGGCUACGAUGAUUUCAACUGCAAUGUUUGGGAUACUUUGAGGCAAGACAGAGCCGGUGUGCUGGCUGGUCAUGACAAUCGUGUGAGUUGCCUAGGCGUCACAGAGGACGGCAUGGCUGUAGCCACAGGCUCCUGGGACAGUUUCCUUAAGAUAUGGAACUAG